GCGAGUGGGGGGGAAGGGGUCGACCGCAGGUGCGCAGGAGGCCGAGGGCAGCGAGGCCUGGGGUCUCGGGACACAGGCCUGGGCACGCGCAGCCCCCGGGACCCCGUACACGGCCCUCGGGGGCGUUCGGAAACGUUCGGAAAACUCGCCCUCGUGGCCGUGGGGGGGGUUGGGGGAGCAGACACGUGACCCGGCCCAGCCAGUCCGCGUAGUGCUGCGACGUGGCUGGCGCGGCCCCCGAUGCUUUCCCCCACCCCCAGCGGCUAGGGAAGGGAGGGGCCGGGGGCGACGCCCCCUCCCCCAACGCCGCCUCGGCUUCCGGGGGGGUUGACACCCCGGAUUCCGUGCUCCCCCCCGGCCGGACCGAGGGCGACUUUGAAGCCCCCCCCCCGUGGCUCCUGGAUCCAGGUUCUCUUCUGCGGCCCAGCAGCCUCCCGCCGGCCCCGCCCGCGCGACCCCUCCCUCCCCGCGCCGCCGACGGCGGAGGCGCGAUGGCGCGACCAGCCUGCCCCGGGCGAUCGGCGGCCGCCCCGAGCCUGCAAGCCCUGGACCCGGCGGGACCUGGAGGUGGGGAGACGCGGCGCCCGCACGCCCUUCGGCCUCCCUCGCUCCCGGGAGUCGCCGAGCCACAGCGCAGCCAACUGGCUGGGAGACAUGGCGGGCUGCCCUUCGCCUUGGCUCGCUGCGGCACUCCACUGCCGGGCGAUGGACGCCUUGGAAAUGGAGUCUGUGACGUCACCCCGGAGCGAACCAAUAGGAGCAGCUCCCGCGAAGAGGCGGCCCGGCCUCCCAGCCUCUGCUUCCUCACGCGCGUGAGCGAGCGAGCACGCGCGGAGGGGGCGGGGGCCGCCGCCAGCCGGGUGGCGCGCAUGAGCGGCGAAGCUCCGCCCCUCCGACUAUAUAUAAAGCGCUGGCGCGGGGCUCGGCGGCGCCAUUUCGCGCUGGAGUGGAGCAGCGUCUAGGACGGGCUGGAGGAUCCUGCCUGCCGACCCAGAGCUUCGCGGGCCGGCGAGCCAAUCCGCGUCCAUCCGCCUGCAAAUGGCCUCAGCCCCCGCCCGCGGCCGGCCCCGGCGGGCAUUGCAGACCCCGUAGAAGCCCCCGCAGCUCCCCUUUCUCGGGCCCCGCCCCGCCCGCGGAGUCUGUCCACCCCUCCACUCCGCCCUCGGGAGGAUUUCAAAGAUGGAGGCGGCGGCUCUCUGAAGCCCCUCUCGGUGUUCAUCCGCCUCCAUCGGAGAUCUGACGCAGCGCUCGUUGCCCCCGGCGGCCGCGGCAGGAAGACGGGGCCCCGGUAGACCGGCAGCGGGCGGAAUUGACGGCGGUGCCGCGGAUCGGAGACUGUCGGGGUUUGCAGAUUGUACGCCGGCCGGCAGAGGCCGCCGCCAUUUUCCGGCCGCCGCCGCCUGCGGAGCGCGCCAAGCUGCCGGAGUUGCGCGGAGGGCGGCGCAGGAGACCGCGAUCGCGGCGAGGCUGCCGUCGGGAGGGCCGGGGAGCGCGGCCUCUCCCCCGCUCCCCGGGUUAUGCUGGGCCCGGCGGUGAGCGGCGCCGAGGCCACCCGGACUUGACGCGGCUGAGCGGCGGUUCCCCGAGGUCAAGAUGCUGCAGAACGUGACUCCCCACAAGCUCCCUGGGGAAGGGAAUGCAGGGUCACUGGGGCUGGGCCCAGAGGCAGCAGCACCAGGGAAAAGGAUUCGAAAGCCUUCUCUGCUAUAUGAGGGAUUUGAGAGCCCCACGAUGGCUUCUGUACCAGCUUUACAACUGACCCCUGCCAACCCACCACCCCCCGAGGUGUCCAAUCCCAAAAAGCCAGGGCGGGUGACAAACCAGCUGCAGUACCUGCACAAGGUGGUGAUGAAGGCCCUGUGGAAGCACCAGUUUGCGUGGCCCUUCCGGCAGCCUGUGGACGCUGUGAAGCUGGGUCUGCCGGAUUACCACAAGAUUAUAAAACAGCCUAUGGACAUGGGUACUAUCAAGAGGAGACUUGAAAACAAUUACUACUGGGCUGCCUCGGAGUGUAUGCAGGACUUCAAUACAAUGUUUACCAACUGUUACAUUUAUAACAAGCCCACCGACGACAUCGUCCUGAUGGCGCAGACACUGGAGAAGAUCUUCCUACAGAAAGUGGCAGCUAUGCCACAAGAGGAACAAGAGCUUGUGGUAACCAUCCCUAAGAACAGCCAUAAGAAGGGGGCCAAGUUAGCAGCACUGCAGGGCAGUAUUACCGGUGCCCAUCAGGUGCCUGCGGUUUCUUCUGUGUCGCAUACAGCCCUGUAUACACCACCACCUGAAAUACCUACCACUGUCCUCAACAUUCCCCACCCAUCAGUCAUCUCUGCUCCCCUUCUGAAGUCCCUGCAUUCUGCUGGACCCCCACUCCUCGCUGUAUCAGCAGCUCCUCCAGCUCAGCCCCUUGCCAAGAAAAAGGGCGUUAAACGGAAAGCAGAUACUACCACCCCAACACCUACAGCCAUCCUGGCUCCUGGCUCCCCAGCUAGUCCUCCUGGGGGUCUUGAGCCAAAGGCAGCGCGGCUUCCUCCUAUGCGUAGAGAGAGUGGUCGCCCAAUCAAACCCCCACGAAAAGACUUGCCUGACUCGCAGCAGCAACACCAGAGCUCUAAGAAAGGAAAGCUGUCAGAACAGCUAAAGCACUGCAAUGGCAUUUUGAAGGAGUUGCUCUCGAAGAAGCAUGCUGCCUAUGCCUGGCCUUUCUAUAAACCAGUGGAUGCUUCUGCUCUUGGCCUUCACGAUUACCAUGACAUCAUUAAGCAUCCCAUGGACCUCAGCACUGUCAAGCGGAAGAUGGAGAAUCGUGAUUACCGAGAUGCACAGGAGUUCGCUGCUGAUGUGCGACUCAUGUUCUCCCACUGCUAUAAGUACAAUCCUCCUGACCACGAUGUUGUGGCCAUGGCACAGAAAGAUGUGUUUGAGUUCCGCUAUGCCAAGAUGCCAGAUGAGCCCCUGGAACCAGGGCCGUUACCCGGGCUCGUCACCCGACCCUCCUUGCCUCCUGGUUUGGCCAAAUCCUCUUCAGAGUCUUCGAGUGAGGAAAGUAGCAGCGAGAGCUCCUCUGAGGAGGAGGAGGAUGAUGAAGAGGAGGAGGAGGAAGAGAGUGAGAGCUCCGACUCAGAGGAAGAAAGGGCUCAUCGCCUGGCAGAGCUGCAGGAGCAGCUUCGGGCAGUACAUGAACAACUGGCUGCCCUAUCCCAAGGCCCAAUAUCUAAACCAAGCGGAAGAGAGAGAAAAAAGGAGAAAAAGAAGAAACGGAAGGCAGAGAAACAUCGGGGCCGAGUUGGGAUUGAUGAAGAUGACAAGGGUCUCUGGGCACCUCGACCACUUCAACCCAAGAAAUCUAAGAAAGCUGGGGGGGGCAUUUCUGCUAUGCUAGGCCACCCUGGCUUUGGGACUUCUGGAGGAAGUAGCACAAGUGAGGUAUUUAAGACAGUCUUGGUGUUGUGUAGGUCAGCCUCUGCAUCUGGUGAACUUAUAGCAAUUUUCUUGUUGCCCAUAGGUUUGCCUAAAAAGGCCCAAAAGACAGCCCCGCCUGUCCUGCCCACUGGUUAUGAUUCGGAGGAGGAGGAAGAAAGCAGGCCCAUGAGUUAUGAUGAAAGAAGGCGUUUAAGCCUGGAUAUCAACAAACUACCUGGGGAGAAGUUGGGUCGAGUUUACAUAGUCAUCCAAGCCAGGGAACCCUCUUUACGUGAUUCUAAUCCAGAAGAAAUCGAGAUUGAUUUUGAAACACUCAAGCCAUCCACACUCAGAGAGCUUGAGCGAUACGUUUUAUCCUGCCUUCGGAAGAAACCCCGGAAGCCCUAUACUAUUAAGAAGCCCGUGGGAAAGACAAAAGAAGAGCUAGCUUUGGAGAAAAAGCGGGAACUAGGAGAGAGCGGGUUGCAGGAUGUCAGUGCACUUAACUCCACCAAAAAACCACCCAAGAAGGUUGACGAGAAAACAGAGUCUUCAUCUGCACAGCAAGUCGCAGUGUCCCGGCUCAGCGCCUCCAGCUCCAGCUCAGACUCCAGCUCCUCGUCUUCGUCGUCCUCUUCUUCAGACACCAGCGAUUCAGACUCAGGCUAAGGGGUCAGGCCAGAUGGGGCAGGAAGGCUCCGCAGGACCGGACCCCUGUACCACCCUUUCCCACCACUGUCCCCUUGCUGUGACACUUCUUCAUCUCCCUCCAUAGGAGAGCUGGCUCUGCAGUGGGAGGAUGCAGGGACACGGACAGAACCAGACUGACUGCUAGCCCUUUGGGGAACGACCUCUUGGGUGUAGUGUCCCUGUUCAGGAUGAUGGGGGUGGGCAAGGGUAUGGGUGGGAGUGGGCAUAGGCCUGGCACAAGGCCAUCUAAGGCCAUCGCUGUCCUGUUCACUUCUAAGGGCCCUGUUUUGAGGUUUUAAUUUAUUUAAGCUAGGUGAGGCUGUGAGGAGGGAGGGCCAUGGCCCUCCCUCCAGCCUCCAUGGGGAGGGAAGAAGAGGGAGCUCCUUUUUUUUUACGUUGACUUUUUUUUUCUACUCUUCCCUUUUCCUUCUACUCCAUUUGGGGCCUGGGGAUUUGAGUCACCUCUCCAUUUGGCCCCCUGGACUAUCUUUUCUUUCUCUUGAUUCUAACUUGUAAAUAAAGAAAAUAUUAUUGAA